UAUAGUGUUGAAUGAUGAUGUGCACAUGCAGAUGUAUGUAAAGUGUCACAUAAUGUUGUUAUUUGGGACAAUUCUGUUUGCAGAUAAGUCGGGUGCAGCGGUGCACUGGAAAUUUUUACCUUUGCUCUGGAACUUCGGUGGGAUCAUACAGUUUAGUUGGGGUUCGGCAUGCCUGACACACUUGUAUAGAUCAUUGUGUAGGGCAACUCGUGUCGACUGCAAGGAGAUGGACGGUCCACUGACACUGUUGGUCACUUGGGCUUGGAUCCGACUACCAUUUCUAGCGCCGAUUCCUGGCAAUCCCCGAGUGUUUCCAAUUGCAAACAGAUGGCAUAACUGGGACCGUCAAAACUAUGCCUACCGAUAUAAAACGCUUGCGCACUACAGGAGGUUGUUGGAUGAUCUACAAGAAGGACAUGUAUUUUGUAAAAUACAAGUACCUUAUGUAACUUGUUAAGUGAAUUAAUUGUUGUGUAAUCAUCUGACUGGUUAGAUGUGUCCAGUUUAUUUGGCAGGCUUAUGGCAUUGGAUACAUCGACCCAGACGUAAUUCCUUUAGCCAUCCGUCAUAAUUCGAUUAUCUGGAGUGCCACAGUGCCACUUAUAUCUUUUGAAUGCAUCGAGUGGCAUGCAACUGAUAGAGUCAGGAGGCAAUUUGGAUUGACACAGGGUGUUCCUAAUCAAGAGCGGGAUCUAGGUGCAUCACACGGCGAAGUUCUAACUGGGCCUAAGAAUCAAGAUUGG